AUGGUCAAGGCUGGCCAAGGAAUGAAUGUGUCAAUGAUGGAUUCGUACAAUUUAGCCUGGAAACUGGUGUAUUCCCUCCAUGGCCUCACUCCUAGUUCGGCGGUCCCCGGACAAGCCGAUGCUAUAGUGGAUACAUAUCACUCUGAGCGCCAUACAAUCGCCCAAGAACUCAUCGAGUUCGAUCGUGCAUUCUCAUCCAUGUUCUCCGGCAAGAUUGGGGCGUCAGAGGAUGGAGUCGAGGGGCUCACCCACGAACAGUUCCUCCAAGUUUUUAGCACGGGCAAUGGAUUCACUAGUGGUUGUGGUAUUGAGUAUCAUGGCAGCCUAAUGGUGGAGAAGGCUUCGGAUGACGUUGCAGAAAACCCAAUUACCGGGACAGAUUACCUGUCCGGUGUCCUUCGUCCAGGCAGAAGAUUACUUGACGUCCGUUGCACGCGCCAUGCAGACGGCAACAGACGUCACUUGCAUGACGACUUUCUGUCGACAGGUCGCUUCCGCAUUCUUUGUCUCACAUCUUCGGAUCUACUGGAACCCAAGGGGGUUUCCGCCCAGGUAUUGACCUCUCUAGGAUCAUCUGUCCUUCCACGAUUCCCGCCAAACAUUAUUGAGCAGGUGGUUAUCCAUCCUCGCUUGGGUAAGACAUUCAUGUGGCAGGACGUGCCGAGUGAACUCAAGAAACACUCGGAGAUGCGGUUCUACAACGGUUACGAGUUAGACGAUGUGUACAAGAUCUACGGCGUGGACGAGACGAGGGGUGCUUUGGCUGUCGUUCGACCUGAUGGAUAUGUUGGCAUGGUGGCGGCGUUGGAGGACGUAAAGCGUGUACAGGAGUACUUAGAGAGGCACCUGGAUGAUCAGUCAGUCUACCACAGCGAUGACAACGCUCCUGAAGCCCAUGCAGUAGAUUCACCUGCAGAGGAUCAUGACGAGAAGCAGGGGACCCCCGUGCUUGAAGUUAGAGGAGGAAUCUUGAACGAACGUGACACUGACUUGGAAGCGGCUGCUCGUGAUCAGAGUGCGCUGGAAAAGUCACGAACGGCCAAGUCUGAUAAAUCACGGGAUCCUAAACUGGUAACAUGGGAUGGCCCCGAUGACCCUGAGAACCCUAAGAAUUGGUCAAACAAUAAGAAAUGGGCUGCUAUUAUCACGGUCUCCCUCUUCACUUUUAUCUCUCCAGUGUCUUCGUCCAUGGUUGCCCCUGCGUUGCCGUCGAUUGCAAGCGAUUUCCAUAUCGAGGACCAGGUCUCUUCCCAGCUCACUCUCUCCAUUUUCGUGUUGGCCUAUGCCGUCGGACCUCUGUUUCUGGGGCCGCUUUCUGAGAUUUACGGAAGAGUUAUCGUUCUGCAGUUGGCCAACUUGUUCUAUCUCGUGUUCAACAUCGCAUGCGGUGUCUCGCAAACUAAGGGGCAGAUGAUCGCUUUUCGAUUUCUGUCUGGCCUGGGAGGCAGUGCCCCGUUAGCUGUUGGUGGAGGUGUUCUUUCGGACUGUUUUAAACCAGAAGAGCGCGGGAAAAGUGUUGCAAUCUACAGCCUUGCUCCGCUUCUUGGUCCAGCUGUCGGCCCUAUAGUCGGUGGCUUCAUCUCUCAAGACACCACCUGGCGCUGGGUCUUUUAUGCCACCUCCAUCGCCGACGGAGUCAUCCAAUUUGCAGGGUUAUUCUUCCUCCGUGAAACAUACGCCCCCAAGAUUCUGAAACGGAGAGCAGAGCGGAUCCGGAAGGAGACGGGUGAUUCGACGUACCAGACCGAAACUGAGCGACAGAACAAAACCCUUUCUCAAACAAUGCAGACUGCGCUUGUGCGGCCGUUCCGCCUCUUGUCCACCCAGCCUAUCGUUCAAGUUCUGGCCCUGUACAUGGCCUUCAUUUAUGGCACGAUGUACCUCGUCCUUUCGACCUUCAGCUCUCUGUGGACUGGUGUUUACCACGAAUCUACGGGCAUUGGUGGUCUGAACUACAUCUCCCUAGGCUUGGGAUUCUGGUUGGGCUCUCAGAUAUGCGCUCCACUGAAUGACCGCAUUUACCGCCGGCUCAAAGCCCGUAACAACAACGUCGGCAGGCCCGAAUUUCGAGUACCUCUCCUGAUUGUGGGCGCUUUCCUCACCCCGGUUGGUCUCUUUAUUUAUGGCUGGACCGCUCAGUUUCGCUGCCACUGGAUCGCUCCUAACAUUGGUGCCUGUCUCUUCGGUGCUGGGAACAUCAUUGCCUUCCAGUGCAUCCAGACCUACAUGGUGGAUACAUACACGAGAUUUGCUGCCAGCGCCCUAGCCGCGGUGGCUUUCUUACGUUGCAUAUGUGGAUUUGCCUUUCCGCUAUUUGCGCCAUACAUGUACAACGCUCUACACUACGGAUGGGGCAACAGUUUAUUGGCCUUUGUGUCUAUUGGUCUGGGUAUACCGGCACCUAUAUUCCUCUGGAAGUAUGGGGAGAUCCUGCGCAAACGCAGCCCAUACGCGGCAGGUUAG